AUGCAUCUCCAGGACGUCAUUCUGAAGACGCACCUGGAGGUGCAAGGCUUCUGCACCGUCCGUUGGCUGUCUCGCGGAGAUGCUGUGAAUCGCUUCUGCGACGUGCUGCCGGUGCUGAUGUGGAUGUGGACGAAGGAGAAGGACGGGAUGGAGAAACUCGCUACCAGCUUCAAGUUCCACUACAUGCUUUACCUCCUGGCUGACGUGCUGCAGCUGCUCAACGGACUCAAUCUUGCCUUCCAGAAGCAGACGGUCGACAUCACAGAGGUGAAGAAUCACGUCGACAAGGUGAAGACCAAGCUGUCGCAGUACUACGUCGAGCCCAGCGCAUCCUACGGGCCGAACACCUCUCGCCUGAACAAGUUCCUUGCUGCACACGGCAGCAAGGACAAGCGCAAGAUGGAGCUCAAGGGAGUGGGUGGCGACGGCAAACCUGCAAAAGCCGAGAUCGAGCUCCACGAGGACAUCAUCGACCCUAAAAACCCGGGGGGGGGGGAUGCGACUUGGAGGCCUGCGAGAGCAGGACACAUGGCUGCAGCACCAUCUCACCGAGCUCCUGGACAUGUUCAAGAACCAGCUACCUGGCUGGGGGAGCUGAUGACGGUGAAGAUGCUAGACUACCCGGUGGACUGGGCAGCGGCCUAUGCCUUGUUUGAGGAUAAGGGGAGGAAGGGGAGGAAGCCUGCCAACUAG